AAAGGAGCAAAAAGCAAGCAAACGGUGACAACAAGAUGUUUGAAAUCAGCAGGACACUCAAUGCUGCCUUGUUGAGCAGUGAGGGAUCGACUGAGACUCAGUGGCGUCAAACAGAGCUCCCGCAGCUACAGGGCUGGGCAGAGAAGGGAUUGCUGACGCAGCCAAAGAUGAUAAUCAGCAACAUGGAGCCUCAGGUCACGAAUGGCCCCAGCGCCGCCACGACCAACGGGCCCUCCAGCAACAGCCGCAGCUGCCCCUCGCCCAUGCAGACUGGCACCUCCAAUGACGACAGCAAGACCAACCUCAUCGUCAACUACCUGCCCCAGAACAUGACCCAGGAGGAAUUCCGCAGCCUCUUCGGCAGCAUCGGAGAGAUCGAGUCCUGCAAGCUAGUGCGGGACAAGAUCACAGGUCAGAGCCUUGGCUAUGGUUUUGUCAACUACAUAGACCCCAAGGAUGCGGAGAAAGCCAUCAACACAUUAAACGGACUCAGACUUCAAACCAAAACUAUCAAGGUGUCAUAUGCGCGCCCCAGCUCAGCCUCCAUCCGGGAUGCCAACCUGUAUGUGAGCGGGCUGCCUAAGACCAUGACCCAGAAGGAGCUGGAGCAGCUCUUCUCCCAGUACGGCCGCAUCAUCACCUCCCGCAUCCUCGUCGACCAGGUCACAGGCGGCUCGCGGGGCGUGGGCUUCAUUCGGUUUGAUAAGCGGGUGGAGGCGGAGGAGGCCAUCAAGGGCCUGAACGGCCAGAAGCCCACCGGCGCCGCCGAGCCCAUCACCGUCAAGUUCGCCAACAACCCCAGCCAGAAGACCAGCCAGGCCCUGCUCUCCCAGCUCUACCAGUCCCCCAACCGCCGAUACCCGGGGCCCUUGCACCACCAGGCCCAGAGGUUCAGGCUGGACAAUUUGCUUAAUAUGGCCUAUGGCGUAAAGAGGUUCUCCCCCAUCACCAUUGAUAGCAUGACUAGCCUGGUGGGGAUGAACAUCCCUGGACACACAGGCACUGGCUGGUGCAUCUUCGUCUACAACCUGUCCCCCGACUCUGACGAGAGCGUGCUGUGGCAGCUGUUCGGGCCGUUCGGCGCGGUCAACAACGUCAAGGUGAUCCGCGACUUCAACACCAACAAGUGCAAGGGCUUCGGCUUCGUCACCAUGACGAACUACGACGAGGCGGCCAUGGCCAUCGCCAGCCUGAAUGGCUACCGGUUGGGCGACCGCGUCCUGCAAGUCUCCUUCAAGACCAACAAGACUCAUAAGUCUUGAACUCUCUCAGUCCCACUUAAAAAAAACCCUGGCCACUACAACAACCCAACCCUUACAGCAGAACACCAGACAGGAACACAACAUACCCACCCAUAAAAUCAAAAUAAACUGGAAAAUGGCUUAUAACAUAACUGGACCUAUAAGCCAAUGUUGCCUAAGUAUUACACAAAAAAA